CUUCAACACGCACUCCAUUCCAGACUUGAAAGGGAACAGAGUAGUGAGUGGACUUGUCAGUCAGUCAGUCUAUUCAAUAUGGAUGUUUAUAGAGUUUCAAACGACAACCAAAUGGAUUAUAACGUCGAUGAACGGGUAUCGAAACAUGGCAAAAUGAUACCUAGCCAAGAAGACCGUUUUGAUAGCGGUCUGGAUUCGCUAAAAGACGAUGAAUAUGGUAACCUUGUGAAGGAGCUGGAGGACUUGAGAGUGGCCCCCGUCGAAGUCAUGUCAAACUCCUGCAGUAAUGAACCCUGGAGGAAAACAGUGACCGAGGACAGAGACACGUUUCUCCACCUGGCCAUUAUUCAUGAAGCCACAGAACAUGCUGAGCACAUGAUCAAACUGUCACACAAUGAUGAUCUAUUCCUGGAUGCACAGAACAAUCAGAGACAGACGGCGCUCCAUCUGGCAGUGAUCACAGAACAACCCCAUCUGGUAGAGAGGCUACUAAAGGCUGGGUGUGACCCACGGAUAGCAGACGACAGUGGGAACACCGCCCUCCACAUCGCCUGUAAGAAGGGCUCUCUCACCUCCUUCAGUGUGAUCACCCAGAACUGCCCCCGCCACCUCCGCUCCAUCCUCACCUUCCCCAACUACAGCGGACACAACUGCCUCCACCUCGCCUCCAUUAACGGAUACCUCUCCAUGGUGGAGAGUCUAGUUCAGCUUGGUGCCGAUAUCAAUGCACAGGAACAUUGUAGCGGUCGUACAGCGCUUCACCUGGCUGUGGACCUCCAGAACCCAUCCCUGGUCCACCGGCUCCUCUCCAUGGGGGCAGACGUCAACAGUGUGACAUACGGGGGCUACACGCCUUUCCACCUGACCUACGGGCGUCAGAAUGCUGAGAUCCACCACCAGCUGUAUGAGAAGACGGCCCAGGAACUCAGAGAGCUGCCUGAGAGCGAAUCAGAAGAGAGUGAGGAGGAGUGCCUGUCUGGUGAUGAACAGAUGUACGAUGACAUUACAUUUGGGCAGAAUUGAAGCAGUCGCAUCACGUGGUGGUGUGAAGUCAAGUCGAUGAAGCUGCUACUGGCCUGUCCAGUCCAAUCAAAGCACAGUGGGAACUCCAGGUCCCAGAAGCCUUUAGGGGGAGAGCCAAAUAGAGCUGGCCUAAAGACAUCAGAGAGACAAGGCUGAAGAUGGCAUUUGUUCGGGGUUGAAAAUCAAACGCACCGGGAAGCAUAAUAUGAGCCCUGACCUCUGAGAGAAUUAUCCUAUUUUCAUGUAUAUAUCAGACAUCAUAUAUUGUAAAUACAGAGAUAUAAUUUUUUAUACUUGUGAAUGUUUUUAUUAAAUGUGAGUGAAACACUAUUGAAAAGAAUCAUUAAAAUAUGCAUCUAUAAUAUAAAA